AUGGCCGCCGCUGCAGUUCAAGCUCCUCUCCUCGCAGGACCUCCUGGUCAACCGGACAUUGGCUACGCGCCUAACCACGACAACUACCUGGCAAGGAUUCAGCGCCGUCAUGAGCAAGAAAAGCUGAACAAUUCUCUCCCCGACGGGUUUCCUCAAAAGUUGGAGGCAAAGCUCGUCUGGGAUGGCAACACUUUGGCUGAGACAUACGACUGGAACUAUGUGUUAACGGAUGCCGACAAGAAAGAGGUCGAUGAAGCUCUCCAGCACUUCAAUUCACUGAAGAAGCCCCUUGGUGAGAUUAACCAGGAGACAUUUCCGCUGCCCAACUUGCACAAGACUCUUCGCGCCAUCUCCGAUGAGGUUCACAACGGCCAUGGCUUCAAAGUUGUGCGCGGAGUACCAGUCACCAAGUACAACCGCGAAGAGAAUGUGAUCAUCUACGCCGGAAUCUCAUCUCAUGUCGCACCCAUCCGCGGGAGACAAGACACUCAAUUCAACGGCGAGCCAGCGGACGUUGUCCUCGCUCACAUCAAGGAUCUCACCAAGGUCGUUGACGCUCAAAGAAUCGGGGCACCCGCAUACACCACCGAUAAGCAGGUAUUUCACACUGACUCGGGUGACGUGAUUGCACUUUUCGCCCUUGGUGAGGCUGCUGAGGGCGGUCAGAGCUACCUUUCAAGCAGCUGGUUUGUCUACAACGAGCUCGCUAGAACGCGGCCUGAUCUGAUCCGUACAUUGGCGGAACCUUGGAACGCUGAUGAGUUCGGUAAGGACGGUAGGUCGUACAGCACUCGUCCUCUGUUGCACUUCCAACCAUCGGAAGGCGACAAGCCGGAACGCUUGAUCAUUCAAUACGCGCGAAGAAGCUUCACCGGAUAUUGGGGGCUUCCGCGUUCAUCUGACAUUCCUCCCAUCACGGAAGCUCAGGCGGAAGCCCUCGAUGCUCUGCACUUUACUGCUGAGAAGUACCGAGUAUCCCUUGACUUUCACCAAGGAGACAUUCAAUAUGCGAACAAUCUGAGCAUCUUCCACGCACGUGGAGGGUUCGUUGACUCUGAAGAAAAGCAGCGUCACCUCACACGCUUGUGGCUUCGAGACCCCGAGCACGCAUGGAAGACGCCGGAUGCGCUGAGGGAGAGAUGGGACAGAGUGUAUGCUGGAGUAACUGCGGAGAAAUCAGUGUUCCCUCUGGAGCCGCAGAUUCGCAGUGCUAGUCGAGGUGAAUUUAAGCCAGAGAAAGAGGACUCAAAGGCGUAG